AAAAAAAACAAGAAAACUCAAAGAUAAAACCACACACACACUCUUUGUUUCUCUUGUGCUAUCUAAAAUUAUCAGUUUAUCAUCUCAUCUUAGCUACCUGUGUGGCAGCCAUGGCCACCCACACAAUCUUGACAACUACAAGUACUACCAAUUCUUUAUUAUUUCCACUUUCUGCCCCUUCACUUUACUCUUCUUUCCAUGGUGUUUCUCUCAAUGUCAAGUCAAAUUCUUGCCAAUCUUUGACCCUUUAUGCUGUCAAUUCUCCCAAACCCCUCACUGUUUUUGCUGCUACUAAGAAGGCUGUUGCGCUCCUUAAGGGAAAUUCUAAUGUUGAAGGAGUUGUCACUCUAUCCCAAGAUGAUGAUGGUCCAACCACUGUUAAAGUUCGUUUAACUGGACUUACUCCUGGACUUCAUGGGUUUCAUUUACAUGAAUAUGGUGAUACUACAAACGGGUGUAUGUCUACAGGAGCCCAUUUCAAUCCUAAUAAAUUGACACAUGGAGCUCCUGGAGAUGAAAUCCGUCAUGCGGGUGACCUGGGAAACAUAGUGGCCAAUGCCGAUGGUGUGGCCGAAGCAACACUUGUAGAUAAUCAGAUACCAUUGUCUGGUCCAAACUCCGUUGUUGGAAGAGCACUUGUAGUUCACGAGCUUGAGGAUGACCUUGGAAAGGGUGGCCAUGAACUCAGCCUUACCUCUGGCAAUGCUGGUGGACGAUUGGCAUGUGGUGUGGUUGGUUUGACUCCAAUCUGAAGUAAAUGCAGCAGCAGCAGCUCUUUUGUCGGAAUUAGGAGUGAAUAUAUUUACCCUCUUCUCCAGGUUGCCAAUAAAACUCUACAUGAAUCAUGUUCUGAGAGAUUCUUGAUUGUAUUAAAAUUUGAACUUGUACGUACACUUGUCAAAUGAAGUGCAACACUUUUUGCUUCAAAACUGUAAUUGGAGUUGCUAUUUAACUA